AUGCCUCGCGCCGUUCACGACGCACCCGAAGAGAUCACAUUGCCACACGACCUCACCGAUAAUAUUUUUGCACAUCUAAAAGCCUUGAAUGAUAUCGCCUAUCGAUCGACCAGAAAUUCACGUUCAGUCACUGAUGGUUUUAAUGCGUCGGCCGAGUACGUGAUCAGUCAAUUGAACAAGACAGGGUGUGAAGUAAAAUUACAAUAUUUCAAGGUUCCCAUCUGGGAAAAGGAGAAGGAAGCGGAAUUGAAUGUCACCUUUGAUAACGGAGUGACCGUGGCCUAUCAAGGCGGUAUUGAUUUUUGGAGUAUGCGAUAUGGGGGACAAGCAACCAACCUUAUAUUUCAAGGUGUGACGGAAGUGAAAAAACCUUGCGAUGAAGGUGAAGAAUGGGACGUCGAAGGGAAGGUUGCAUUGAUACGGUUGAGAGAAAAAUGUGAUCUCUGGGAAAUCGCCCUUAAAGCCGAGAAGUCGGGCGCAUCCGCGGUCAUUUUCUACAACACGCCAGAGCAAAAAAAGCUUUCGUAUUCUCGCGUAAGGAUUGUAGAUUGGAAAGAAGGAGAUCCCCUCAUAGCAAUUCCGGUUCUCGCCGCUUCGAAUUCAAUGGGUCAAUUACUAUCAAAUUCACAGCACAUAAACAUCACCACUUACACGAAAUUGUUUGUUGUCGAAACAUUCAACGUUUUAUGCUAUUUAAAUGAUCACGGAGACAAACAGAGCACCAUCGUGGUUGGCUCGCAUCUAGACUCGGUGCCUGCAGGUCCAGGUCUCGUGGACAACGCCUCUGGAUCCUCGACGAUACUCGAGAUUCUUUUGUAUCUGGAGAAGAAACAGUUCAAAUCACGGAAUAGGUUGAUUUUUGCAUGGUGGGGCGCUGAAGAGCUUGGAUUGUUGGGUUCAAGGCAUUUCGUAAGGCAAUUGAUGAAUAGCGGUGAGAACGUUGACGUGGCGAUGAAUUUGAAUUUUGACAUGCUGGGUAGUCCCAAUUACAUUCCCUUCGUCCUCCGAGGAUCCGAUGCUCCAUCCGAUGCUCGGAAUGGUUCGAUUAGAAUUCAACGCGUGCUCGAACUCGGUUUCGACGAAAUCAAAAAGAAUUAUAAUGUUUCUGAUAUGUUGGGAGGUAGCGAUUUCCUACCUUUCGUCCAGAACGGUAUUCCGUCAGGGGGACUUUAUACCGGCUCAAGCGAGAUCAAAAGUAGAAGAUCCCAGCGGGAAUUUGGUGGCAUUGCAAAUGCACCUUUGGAUCCUUGUUACCAUAAAGAGUGUGAUUCAUUAGAGAAUGUUAGUAAGGAGGCUAUCUCCGUGCAAAAUUCCUGCUUUAAUAAUUAUAGCGUUCCCGACGCCAUCACCCUCGAAUCUAUUAUCUCCUCUGCGAUCAGUUUUGAAGAGCGCAGACGAAUCGAGUCGGCCAUCUUUCUACCUCUCCAUGAUCUAAUCAUUCCCACUCACAAGCCCAAUCGAAAAAAAGCUCCUCGAUCGCAGAAUUCGUUUGUGAUUUUUCGCAAAAAUUUCCAGGCGAGAAUGACCUACGAAAAAGGACCCGGUUAUUCUUCACAGUUGAAGACCGUAUCCAAGCAUGCAAAGGACAUCUGGCGCAUGCUAGCUAGCGAGGAAAAAUCAAUUUACGAAAGAAUUGCAAGCAUUGCCACCAUGGUUCACAAAGUCAUAUGGCCUAACUAUAGUUAUCGACCCAAUCGUAAAGAAACAAAGCGAAACGAGCAUUCCAAUCAUUCCCAUAUAUGUUCUUCCGCUUCUUUUUCACAAAACCCCUCUUCAAAUAAUUCAUUACGCCAUUGUCUAAAUCACGAUGACCUUGGUCCAUGUGAUUCAUUCUCCUAUAAACGUCAAAAUUCGACACAUCACCCAUCACGUUAUCAAGACUUCCCUCAUUUUGAAAUUGGUAGAUACCCAAAUUACAAUAAAUACAGUCCUUAUUAUAUUCCUAGAUUGGAAAUUCAACCGUGUCCAAUUCUCACACCCAUUCAACCCAUUCAACCCAUUCGACAAUUAGAAAUGGAAACCACCCCCAGCAUCACUCCUUAUGAUAAAUCAAUUCUCAACACGGUUGACAAGUAUUUUAAAAUUUGA